AUGUCGCAGUUCGAAUCCUUCUAUCAAGAUGUGAGUUUAUUCGUAUUCCUUCAGUUCCUCUCUAACUUCCCUUUGCAGCUCAAAUCGACGGAGCAGCAGGAUGCCGUCCUCACCUCCGAUCAGCAAAUCGAACGUCUCCUGAAGCCCGGCUCCACGUAUCUCAAUCUGAAUCCGUACGAAGUGCUCCAGAUCGACAUCGAGACAGACAUCGAAGCGGCGAAGAAGAAGUACAAGAAGCUGUCGCUGCUUGUUCACCCCGAUAAGAACCCGGAAGAUCGCGAGAAAGCAGACAAGGCAUUCGACAUUGUGAAGAAGGCGAUCAAGCAGUUGGAGGAUCCAAUGGAGGUGAACCGCUGCAAGGACUGUUAUACAGAGGCAAAGGCCAGAUUGGCGAUUGUGGUGAGGAGGAUUGAGUGGUAUGAGAAACACGGGUAUGAGUUGCAGAUGUCGGAAAAGAAGAGAAAACUUCGAAAAGACGGAAAGGAAGACACGAUAGACGAGGACGAUCCGGCUGGAUACAAGAAGGCGUUGUGGAUCACUGUGACGAAAGUGUUCGCGGACAGAGAGAAGAAGAGAAAGGCACUCGAGGAGCGCGCGAAUGAGGAGAAGUUAGUGCGGGAGCAAGACUGGGAUAUAAAGAGAAUGAUUUCAGACGUCGAGCCACUGAGGCAAUGACGCAAGCUGCCGAGAAGAGAAAACUGGCGGAAGAGUUCGCGAAGAACUACGAGGAAUCGCGAGACGAACGGUCGGGAAGCUGGCGGAACUUCCAGGCGAAAAAAGCAAAGAAGGAGGACAAAGGAAAAACGAUGAAGGGCGCCGCAUUCAAACCGCCGAAGAUAAAGCUGCAAAAGUAAACAAUUGAUCUCUUCCGAUAAUUUUAUUUUGCUCCUUCUUAUCAUCAUGAAUAAACUAUGCAAAUCACUUCACGCGCACGUGUACUUUUAGGCACCGAUCGCUAAAAACCGAAAGUAAUCAGUUCGUAUUUUCUGAAAUCAUCUGAGAGAACCACUGACGUGGUAAGUUUGAGGGAAAAGAGAAAAUCUGGAGACUGAAAUUAAGAGAUCAGAAGUCAAAAUGGGCAAAAUCGAGACAUGGGAGCUGGUGGAACGGACGGACGACACGAUGACGUUUCUGUUCAAACGACGCGCGUUCCAAGAGGGAAAAUACCCGCAGAACACGGAGAAGAAGAAAGAUCAGCAGGGAACGGACCGUGGAUUGGACACGCAAACCCGCGAGGUCAUCGCCAAUCUCCAGCAACUCAAUUCGCAGAUCCGACGCAGAUUUCAAUUCGAGGAAGAGCCAAUUCAGAAGGGAAAAGCGGUGAAAGAAGUGCGACGCGACCAUACCGGACUGUGAGCUCUCUCGCUCCCUUUCGGAUUACCUCUCAUAAUUUAUUUCAGUCCGCUCGACCAUCCGUUGGCGAGAACUCCGUAUCCGAAUGCGACGACGAUGGCGAAAAGAGCCAAAGCGAGGGCGAUAAUGAACGAACUCGCGAGGAAAAUCAACGAGGAAAGACAGAAGCAGGAGAAGGAGAAAGAAGGAAAAAAGAAGACGGAGGAGGAAUCGGCGAGUUGCGAUGAGUCUUCAUCGAACAAAUCUUCGAAAUCAGCAAAGCGCAAAACCAAGAAACCCACCGGAAACUCUACGAAAAGCGCCAAAAGUGUGAAAAGCUCUGCGAGCUCCAACAAGUUAGUGCUCUCUGAUCGGCAUAGAAUGAAAGAAAGAUUGUAGAGCGAUGGGCUGUGACAAGUGUCGCAGUUGCCAGAAGUGCAUUGAGAAGUGCUCGCAGAAACACGUGGCAGAGCAAGCGGUGACCGACAAAGAGAGAGAGGAGUUUCUCGAGGGAAUCAUGAAGCUCAGAAAGAAGAUUCAGAAGCCUGAGGUUAUCAGAUUUGCAGAAAUCUUCAUUGUCUUUUGAUUACUUGCAGAGAAGCCGCGAAAAGAUGACGAAGUCUCCGUAUGACGUCACUCAGAGCACAUCGGAAGCGACGGUCGGAAAGAGCAAGAAGGAGAAGAAGAAAAAGAACACUUCGAACGAAUAG